CAGUCCAAUAGACGCCGUGCGUGCUCUGAGAUCAGCUCCUCCCUUCUGUUUGAGUUGACCGGCGCAAUGGCGGAGGGAAAUUUAAUAUGAGAUCGUUUUCCCUUCACAAGGACAAAAAUAUAUAGAGAUCUUUUUUAUACAUACAUUAUGCACUGACGGGUCAGCGAUGAAAUGCUUUAAAGGUGAAAGAAAUACCCGAACACUCAGGAGGUGCACAUAUCAGCAACACAUGGACGACGAGAUGUGAAAACUUAAAAUAUUAAUGAUAAAAAAAAAAAACGAAGCGGCCAUGAACCUUAACCCCAAGCACUUAGCCCUGCGGCUUUGCAAAACAGUGGACGCCGGGGAGCCCAGGGAGGUGGAGAGGCUCCUGUCCCAAGGUGCAGAUCCCAGUCUAGUGCUGAAGAGAGGUGUUGCUGCUAUGCACUUGGCAGCUGGCAAGGAAACAGAAAAGAGAAUCCGCUGCUUGAAACUGCUGCUGCAGCACGGGGGAGAUCCAAAUAUAAGGUCUGCAGAGCAGUUAACACCUUUGCAUGUUGCCGCCCUGUGGGGUUGCUACCAGAACCUGAAACUGCUCUUGCAGAAUGGAGCUGACCCGACUUUGUUAGACCAGGAUGGACAAGGGGCUGCUGAACUAGCAAGCCAGCAAGGAAAUGUGAGAUGUGCCAGUCUAUUGCAAGAAUACCUUUGUUAUAGUAAUUUUGAGUCUGAAAAAGAAGAGCAACCAAUGUUUCAAUACUCUUUUUAUCAAAGCCACGGCAGAGACAGCAUCUUCUUGCCAGACCUUUCCCGAUGUAAUGUGUCCGAGGAGGACAUCAGAGGCAUGACUGUCUUAAGUGGUCCACUGAGCAGCACUCGAAGAUCACUUGAAGAUUUACCUCCCCUGAAUCUCUCCAACAUCAGUAUCACAAGUAGUCAGCCCACCUUGGAAGACAGGUCUGCGUUCCCUGAAAAGCAAAGAAGAGAUCUGGGCCAUCCUCAAACCUGUGGUCUCUCCAGUGCUGGCUGUUGCCUCACAGGCCAACAAAUGGAGAAUGUUUUAUGUAACAUUCCCGAAAAUACCGCCUUAUCAGAUUCUUUAAGCAAGUCUAAAUCUGUAGAUCACUCUGCUGAUGCUACUGAUGUUAAAGAUAAUCUCCCAGACAAGGUGAAGAAGACAAAUUCUGGUGUCUCCAUGACUAGACGAAAGAGUGUAAGUUUUAAGAUCAAUGAUGAAUACUUGUCUCUGCCAAGGCACUCACAUGUACCCUGUGAGGAGAAUCACUUGUGUCUUGCAGACACCACCACUGAGGACUUAACCAGAUAUUCAGAAUUCUUUAAUUUUGAAAGGCUAGCUACGGUCUCAAAGACUCAAGGCAUUGAUGCCACAUCUCCAGAUCAUGUGUUCGUUUACUGCAGGGAUGAGAAUGGCUGUGAUCCUAACCUCGACAAAACUGUAGUAGGAAACUUUUUUUUAGUGGGAGAGAAAGAAGAGGAGAAUAUGGGCAAUGAAGAAGCACUGCUUGAGAAUAAACCCCAACCUACGAGAGAAGCAGCUUUAGGUUCAGCAGUAAGCAGCAGCUCCAGUGGCAGUAGAAGCAGCCAGUACAGUAGUUGUGAAAGUGAAAGUUACCAGACUGCAGUGGAGACCUCUGUGUGCUAUGGAACUCCAUCAGCUGAGCACAGGAAAUGUUUGUUUAGCCCAUUGACCCCUCGUGCGCAGAAAUCUAGACGUGCUUGUAAUGGCUGCAUGGCUUUUCAGAGUCCCACAAUUCAUAAGAGAGCGGACCAAUCUAUAGCAGAAGGCAACACUCACUGUAUGCAUCCAGCUAUUAGUUUAUCGCAAAGUUCCACCUCAUCUGCAAGCAUUAGUGGACUAAGUCAUGGUACAGUGUGCCGUACUCCUGAAACUGUUCCUGUUACAACAAGAUGCAGCCCACUGUCUGAUGAACCAGAUUUGAGUGACCUGUUGUCUAAUUUAUUGCUGUCAACAAAGGUACCUCAGCAGAAAUACGCUCACCUGGAGGACAAUGUAUGCUCAAAAGAUGUAAAUACUAGUUCUGAAAAUGAUCUCUGUAGUAGAGACAGCAGCCUAAAAAGUGUGAAUAGGAAGCUUAUUAAGGAAAGCCCACAUGUGCCUACAUCACACGAUACAUAUUUUGAGGAAGCAGAGGCGGGAGAUGAUUCAUCAAAGCCUUUGACACCAUCUUCAUUCAUCACAGGAAGAACCAAGGCUAGACAAAGCCAGUGUUCUCUUAGGUACUCCAGCACUGAUUCUUCUGCCUGCUCCUCCCUUUUUGACGAAACCCUCCCCAUGCCUGUACGUCUUCACCGUCGAAACCCUCGAGGUACUCCGGUCCAGGAUGAUAAAAUUGGGAACAAAACGUGGAGAAGAUCCAAAAGUCUUAAUGAGAUGGAUCUGUGUAAUCAAAGAUUUAAUGCUGGAAUUACAUGUUGCCAAUCAAAUCCUGGAAUUGUUAAAGGAUUUAUUAAUAGUCAGGCCAGCACCAUCCUAGUUGACCGAGGUGCUGGUGAUAGUCAGGCCAGCACUGUUUUGGUUGACCGAGGCGUUAUUGAUAGUCAGGCCAGCACUGUUUUGGUUGACCGAGGCGUUAUUGAUAGUCAGGCCAGCACUGUUUUGGUUGACCGAGGCGUUGGUGAUAGUCUGGCUAGCACUGUUUUGGUUGACCGAGGCGUUAGUGAUAGUCAGGCCAGCACUGUUUUGGUUGACCGAGGAGUUAGUAAAACUAAGGCCAGCAUUAUCCGAGAUGUUAGUGAUUUGAAGGCUGUCACUAUGGUGAUUGACCAAGGUGCCAGAGAUAAUCAAUCAAGCACUGUGUUGAUUGACCAUGGUGUCCAUGACAGUCAGGCCAGCACUAUAGUCAAAGAAAUCAAGAUAGAUGAUGAUUUUUGCAUUUAUCAAAAAGUGUCAUCAGAGUCUGUACAAGAUUCUGAUUCAGCUGACAGUUCUGCUAAAAUUAGUUUAGUUGGAGCAGAGAUUACUGGUCACUUUUCUAAUGAAAAUAAUUUCUUUACAAGUGAUUCGUCUUCUAGUAGUGAUGCAUUAAACUGUAUCCCAAAGCAGUCCUUUAUGGCAAAUGGAAUGUUCCAGAAUCUCAAAGAUACAAACCAUACUAGCCUUUGGUUCACAGAAGAUGAUGAAAGUACUCAAAAUGAAGACAAUAUAGGAAAAGAGUCAUUGCCUCACCCUGUGAAGCUUUCUGAUUUCCCUUUAGUUUCUUCUAAACAUCUACCAAGGCACAGCAUCAGUCGAGUGUCUGGCUGCCCACCAUUUCAAGAUAAACCUACUUGUGAUUUGUCUUUCUCUCCUGGUGGUCGUCCUGUGGUUGUGGGUAUGGCAGAACCAGUGGAAUUCUUAUAUACCGAUACAGAGGAAGGCCACGUUCUAAUUGAGUCCCAUGUACCACCCACCACUAGCAACUCCUCCAGGUCUGAAGAUUCUCAAAAUGAAGAAACAGUGCUCUGUGACUGGAAAAGCUUCCAGAAAAGCCCCGAGAAGGGAAAAGAAAACAGUUCUCUUGAAGCAACCCUUGGCAAGCUUACAAAUAUUCAGCUCCGUCGCAAGCUACAAGAACUAGGAGAGAACCCGGGACCAGUCAACCGUUCAACUCGAUCACUCUAUCUGCAGCAGCUUUCUCGCCUACUGAAGGACCAGCAGCACCACGACAAAAAAGGACCUCAAACUUCUUCAGUGUAUAGCCCUGAACUGGUUGUCUGUCUGGAGUCUUUUACUCUGCCCAACUGCCAUGCUGAUGAGCUGGAACUGUGCCAACAGUUUGAUCGCCCUGACCAGAACAGAAAAUGGAGAGAAGGGGUGAUUAAAUCCAGUUUCAACUAUCUUCUUUUAGACCCUAGAGUGACUAAGAACUUGCCAUCCUAUGGGCAGACAAUAAACACUGGCGUGUGCUUCCAGACCUUCAUCAGUGCCAUUUUUUAUGUGGGAAAAGGAAAACGUACUCGACCCUACUCCCACUUGUAUGAGGCCCUGGAGUAUUACAAAGGAGAGAAGAUGGCCAAGAAAUUAUGCUCAAAGGUGGAGCAUAUUCUGCAGAUUUGGGCUGGUGGACAUGGUGUGAUUUCCCUGCACUGUUUCCAAAAUGUCAUCCCUGUGGAAGCGUACACUCGGGAGGCCUGCAUGGUGGAUGCCAUCGGUCUAAAGAUGCUGACCAAUCAGAAGAGAGGAGACUAUUAUGGAGUUGUGGCCACCUGGCCAAUGAAACGUCGACGGCAGCUGGGCGUGCACCUGCUGUAUAGAGCUAUGCAGAUCUUCAUGGCUGAAGGAGAGCGACAGCUGCGUCCAGCAGAUAUACGACAGUGAAUUCAGCUCUGGUUCUAUUCUCAGGAUUUGUAGUGGUAUACUGUGUAUAUAUUUAUUUGUUUUUACAACUGGAUUUUCAAUCCUGGGCCAACUUCUUUUGGGCAAGGAUUGUUUUUUAAUAGAAUGCUUUUUUUUUUUCUUUCAUGGGAAAGAAAGAGACACUAAUUUUUUUGUUUUCUUGGUAUUCAGCCUUUUGGAUGUAACAUUAGAACAGUCUGUUUCCUUCAUGUGGAUCCCCACCAUAUUGUAAGACUGAGUGGUUAGAAGACAAAGUGAAGGCUUGCAGGGCAUCCUAAGGUAUGGAGACGCCUUACAGAAAUAGUUCAUCACAAAGCAUCACGUGACCUCAUUUUUGGAGCUCAUGUUGUAAUUGACUGUGGUUCAUCUAGAACUUUGGAAUCCAUUCAGAUUUUUUUAUGCACCUUAACUCUUCGGGAGAAUACUUUUUAGCAUUGCUAUGAACUUAAUUUUUUCAGUCUUACAGUUGUGGAAGAAAGUGUUUGUUUUAUUCAACAAGUUUUACAUGGACUCGGUUGUAAAUGUCAUUUUCACAAUUUCCUUUGGGGUUACUUAAACUGAAUUUCUGGAUUAUCGCUGUCUCUGUCAAGAAUCAGUUGUCAUUUAUUUUUGCCACAAGAAAUAUUUUCUCACUAUUUUCACUUGUGAUUAGGUUGUCAAAAAUAGACUCUUAACUUUAACAAAAUUAUGAACUUUAAAAAUCAAAUAAAACAAAACAGAUUUAACAAGACAUGGUGUGCCUGUUCACAAAACAGAGACCAGUUAGAACUGAUAAAUAUACAUUUCUUUUUGUGUCUUUCUGGAAUCAUUUGUUUUUAAUUGUCCAGGAACACCAGUGGUGGCCAAAAUGUGGAAACAUCAAUAGGAAGCUGCUUAAUAAGGUGUUAUAGCAUAAUGGAGCAGACAGACUCUUACAAUCACCAUGUCUUGUUGAUGGAAGUAGUAAGCACUGUCUUGGACUUCAUUCCAUAAUCUGUUAUAAAAGUUUGAUUGAAGUUUCAUCUUGACAACAGAGAAGACAGACCCAUUCCUUAAAGUACAACAUAGGACCUUGAAAUACCAGCUGUGGACUGCUGCAGACUGGACAAAGUCUCUUCUUCAUGGUAGAAACAGAUCAUUGCUUUUUUGUGACCACUGUUAAGAUGUGGUGCUGUGAGGGGCCUAUCACACAAGCUGGUGACCCUCAAAAACAAGUCUUCUGAUUGGGUUGUGACUUUUGGUCUGCCAGAUCUCUUCCUAUCAGAGUUUAUUCCAGUUUCUAGUUGCCUUUGGACUUUGUGGGACACCACUGGACUCACUAAUACUUUGAUAUAUAGAUAGAUAGAUAGAUAGAUACAGUACAGGUCAAAGGUUUGGA